GGUCGGUGCAGGAGGUCUUCGAAAAGAACAAGAAGAAUAGGACGAUGGUGGUGGUGGCUCAUAGGCUGGCGACGGUGCAGAAUGCCGACGUGAUCUUCGUCCUUGCGGAUGGCCGGGUAGCAGAAAAGGGGGAUCAUUCUUCGCUGCUGAACAGGCGGGGGGUCUACUAUCAGAUGUGUCAAUCGCAAGCCUUGGACAGAUAGCGGCCGAUAUAGACGGCUCAGGUUUGAACCGUGUUCAGUAUUUUUGCAUUGCGAUGUCCUCGAAUAUGAAGGCUCAGCGUCUCUCCUCGGAUAGCCAACGGCCUGUCUUAACUUAGGACCAGAGUGAAGAGGAUUUUGUAAGAUCUCACCCGCUAUCCCAUGACAAAUUAGGUAGUUUAGAAGUGAGAGUCCGGCUCAGCACCUUAGGGAGGGAGCUAAUUAGCUCCAUACAACAAUCCCAUCAUGAAUCCAUAGUAAGAUACAACGUACGUGAUAGUGAACCUCCGAGUUCAUACCAUACCGAACGCAGUCCUUAACCCCUUCC